AUGGGAUCAGCAUCAUCCACACACCGCUCCAAAGCGAUUUUCCUGGAUAUUGGUGACAACCGCACACAGAAGGUCAUUUUCAGUAAAUAUUGCAGCCCCAGUGACAUCCGGGAGUUACUGUGCAGCACCACAGGACUGGCUCGGAGCUCUGCGAUUUCUCUGCUGGAUUCCGACAACGCGAUCAUCUCCAUUGAUCCAACGAUGCCGACAAAUACAGCCAGUUCUCCGUACAGAGUUGUUGCUCUGACUGGGGCUCAGUUAUCAGAGAAAGACGAAGUUUUCCAGAACGUUCUAGCUCAAGUUGCAGAGCAGUUUUCCAGGGCCUUCAAAAUCAACGAACUAAAAUCCGAAGUUACAAACCGUCUCAGCAUUCUGGAGAAACGUGUGGAAUUGGAGGGGCUGAAGGUGGUCGAAAUCGAGAAGUGUCGGAAUGACAUCCAAAAGCUGCGCGAUAUAAUCGAGGAACGGAGCAGCAGUUUCCUCGAUGAGAAGAUGCUGAUUCCUCACCGGGACGUCCCAUCACACCCCAAGUAUACACUUUCUGAGGAGACCAUUACAUCUCUGAAACAACCAACAUUCGAUGUCUGGCUUUGGGAAGCCAAUGAGAUGCUCAGUUGUUUGGAACACAUGUACCACAGCCUGGGCUUGGUCAAAGAUUUCAACAUCAACCCUGUCACUCUGAAGAGGUGGCUGCUCCAUGUGGAGGGGAAUUACCGAAACAAUCCGUUCCACAACUUCCGGCACUGUUUCUGUGUCACUCAGAUGAUGUACAGUGUCAUCUCCAUCUGUAACCUGCAGGAGAAGUUCUCACAGCUCGACAUCCUGACCCUGAUCAGUGCCGCUGUCUGUCAUGACCUCGACCACCCGGGGUACAACAACAGUUACCAGAUAAACGCUCGCACUGAACUCGCGGUCCGUUACAAUGACAUCUCACCCCUUGAGAACCAUCACUGUGCUGUAGCAUUCCAAAUCUCCUCCCAGCCCGAGUGUAACAUUUUCAGCAACAUGGACCCUGAGAUCUUCAAGCAGGUCCGUCAGGGCAUCAUCAAUCUGAUUCUAGCGACUGACAUGGCCCGUCACGGCGAGAUCCUUGACAACUUCAAGCAGAAAAUCGAAAACUUUGACUUCUCGAAUGAGGAAGAUGUGACAUGUCUGAAGAUGGUUCUGAUUAAAUGCUGUGACAUCUCAAACGAAGUCAGGCCAAUGGAAGUAGCAGAACCUUGGGUGGAAUGUUUACUGCAGGAAUACUUCAUGCAGAGUGACCGGGAGAAAUCUGAGGGGCUGCCCACUGCCCCCUUCAUGGACCGGGACAAAGUGACAAAGGUCACCGCCCAGAUCGGCUUUAUCAAGUUUGUUCUCAUUCCCAUGUUCGAGCUGGUGGCCAAGCUUUUCCCUCAGAUUGAAGGACCAUUGGUUCAGCCGCUGAGAGAAUCACGGGACCGUUACGAGGAGCUGAAGCAAAUUGAUGAUGCUACAAAUGAGAUUCACAAAAACAAAAACGAAUCUUUAUCCAUCGGUGGCAAAAAGAAGUGAAACCGCCCUGUUGUGUGUUUGAGACUAUAAUCCUCCUGAAGGAUUCCAUGGAGAAUGGGCUGCUGUUGCUGAGUCUGGGAUGUUGUUGCUGUGA